CACCAUGGCAAACAUAGUGCUAUCGUCUCUAGUUCUGAUAGCUUUAUUACACCUAUGUGACGGCUACAAGAUUUUAUUAGUAUUCCCGGUAGCUAAUAAGAGUCACAAUAUACUUGGAGCUGGCUAUGUCAAACAUCUGUUGGAUGCUGGACAUGAGGUCACAUACGUUACACCUUUUCCCACCGGCAAAAUGACUGAUAAAUACCACGAAGUCGAUCUCAGCAAGAAUUUGGAGACCCAUAAAAAAAAAGAUGAGAUAUUUAACCUGAAGACAGUGAUUGAUAAGACCGGUAAACAAGAAAUGUUAAGCCUGUUGCCACAGAUGAUAGAAAUGUUAAAGAUGAAUCUGGACAAUGACAACCUGAAGAAGUUUCUCGGAGACACCACGCAGCACUUCGACGCCGUCAUUUCAGAGUGGCUGUUCAGUGAUACAUAUGCCGGAUUCGCCACUGUAUACAAUUGCCCGUUGAUCUGGUUCUCGUCCACCGAACCUCACUGGAUGGUCCUGAAGCUGGUCCAUGAGGCCUCAAACCCAGCAUUCAACCCGAGCAUCAUGUCCACAUCGUCGCCACCGUUCUCUUUCGUUGAGCGAGCUACCAGCUUGAUAGGCGUGUUUAUGUUUUCAGCCCUCAAAUACUUCUACCUUGAUCCUGCUGAAAAAACAAUAUACGAAGAAUAUUUUGGUCCAUUCGUUCAAAUGAGGGGAAGAUCGCUGCCAGAAUAUAAAGAAGUUCUACACAACGGCUCUUUGCUCCUAACUAACUCUCACUCUUCGCUGAGUCAGCCCGUGAGCGUGCCUCCGAACACCAAGGAAAUCUCCGGAUACCAUAUUGAACCUAACCCGAAACCUUUACCAGCAGAUCUACAAAAACUUAUGGAUGAAGCUAAGCACGGCGUCAUCUACUUCAGCAUGGGAAGCAAUGCCAAGAGCAAAGAUUUUCCCGACGAACUAAAACAAGAUUUUCUGAAAAUGUUCGGUACUUUGAAACAAACCGUACUCUGGAAGUUUGAAGAACAGCUUCCAAAUCUUCCUAAAAAUGUCCACAUUUUGCAAUGGGCGCCGCAACACAGUAUCCUUGCCCAUCAGAACUUGCGUGUCUUCAUUACGCACGGCGGUCUUCUGUCUACUACUGAAACAGUUUUCUUCGGGGUCCCAGCAGUAGUGAUGCCGUAUGGACUCGACCAACACCUCAAUGCAGAGAGGGCUGUUAACAAAGGCUUUGCACUGAAAGUCGACCUCUCUUACGAAAUGGCUGGCCACAUGAAGUUAGCCAUAGAGGAAAUUCUGAGUAACCCCAAGUACACCGAAAGAGUGAAGCAGCUAUCGCAGAUUUACCACGACCGUCCAGUCUCCCCAGGCAAAGAGCUGGUGCACUGGGUGGAGCACGUGGUGCGCACGCGCGGCGCGCCGCAUCUGCGCUCCCCCGCACUACUGCUGCCCUGGUACCAGAAGAUGUACCUCGACCUUCUAGCAGCAGUUUUAUUAGCGUUGUUUGUCGUUAAAUUAAUAUUGAAGAAGUUGUUGGGUAUAGGAACAAUAUUUUUAAGACAAUUAGGAUUAGUAAAGUCGCCAGUUGUUAAGAACAAGAAAAAAACUAAGUGUUACAGCUACUUUAAUCCAAUAGCAGAAAAAGCCUACAAGGAUAUUUAUGGGCCAGUGUUGGCAAAGAGAGGUAGGCCUCUGCCUUCAUAUGACGAUGUGUUGUACAAUGCGUCGCUCGUCCUGGCAGACUCCCACGCGUCGCUGGGACAGGCCACUAGUCUUCCACAGAAUUAUAAAAUUGUUGGAGGCUACCACGUGGAAACCGAGGUUAAGCCGUUACCUCAGGAAUUACAAACGAUUAUGGACAACGCAGAACACGGAGUCGUAUAUUUCAGCAUGGGAAGUAAGCUGAAAAGUACAGAUAUGCCGGAAGACCUAAAAAAGCGACUGCUUAAAAUGUUCGGCCUUCUAAAAUACACGGUUCUGUGGAAGUAUGAAGAAAUCCUGUCAGAUAUACCUGAAAACGUUCACAUUUUGAAAUGGGCUCCUCAACAAAGCAUUCUGGCACACCCUAACUGCAUCCUGUUCAUAACACACGGAGGAUUACUGUCUACCACAGAAUCUGUUCACUUCGGCAAGCCCAUCAUCGCUAUACCAGUGUUCGGAGAUCAAUAUAUCAACAGUAAGAGCGCCGCGCACAAAGGAUUCGCCAAGGUGGUCGAAUUAGGCUACGAUUUAGAUAAGGACUUGAAGGAAGCCAUUGACGAGGUCACCAGUAAUACCAGGUACAGUGAACGAGCAAAAAAAUUAUCAUUAAUUUACCACGACCGCCCAGUCCCCCCAGGCAAAGAGCUGGUGCACUGGGUGGAGCACGUGGUGCGCACGCGCGGCGCGCCGCAUCUCCGCUCCCCCGCGCUGAUGUUGCCCUGGUACCAGAAGAUGUACUUAGACGCAUUAGCACUGAUGAUGGUGGCUGUGGCUGCUGUCAUUUAUUUGAUUGGGAAGCUAUGUAGUUCAUGCAAGUCGAUUGUUAUUAAAGAGAAGAAGUAUUUAUAGUAA